CAACGCCAACAAAACGCCAUACUUCCAAGAGCAUUUUUCGGGGCGAGUUUACAUUUUGCAAAUAUUUGUGGAAAAAGCGGUGAAAGAACGUUUAAACACGAACCGAAAAACCGCUGUCUAAAUGCGGUCACCACGUGCGAAAAGAACGCCACGUUUAAAACGAUAAAUCCAUUAGAUUCUGGCCGAAAAAAGAGCGGUUCUUUUGCGAGGGCGAGCAAGGAAAAUUAAGUGUGGUGGGAAUCGGAAUCGGGAUUCUACGCAUUGUCGCCGUAUCAGCUGAAGAAGAUUGUGUGCACCCAAAGCGACGCAAACAGAACCAAAACAAAACAAAAACAUUCAGAGAAUUAUGAGAUCGUAGGACCGACGGCACGGGUUUCAAUUCGACCGCCAUGGACAAGCGAUUCAAGUGGCCGCUCAAACAGCGGGCCAACUACUCGGAAUCGCCCUAUCACCACAAUCCGUCGCGUGGCCACCAAAGGCAUCUGCACGGCCAUCCCAAUCAGACGCAGCAUCUGCAUCAGCAUCCCGGGAAGAGCUAUGUGCGCCAGCAAUAUGGCUAUGGCCGUGGAGGCCAUGGCGGGGGCAAUAAUAACUACCGGAAGCCAUUGCCUCCUCCGCCUCCUCCUCUAUCUGAGCUGGGGGGCGGAGCCAUGGCUCCUCCUUCUUCCGGCGGAACAGUGGGUGCCGGCGCCGAUAUGGUCACCCUCAUCGUGGAGAACAACAACCUGAAACGCAUGAUUGUGCUUCACUUGAAGCUGAUGCAGGAGCAAACAGACAGCCUGGCGGCCAAGGACAAAGAUCUGGACGACCAAAGCGCCAAGAUGAGCGUAGUGAUGGCGCAGAAUAUGGAAUUAAAGCAGGCCGUUGCCAAACUGGAGGCCGCUAACGAGGAUCUACGCAAACAACUACGGCGAAAGAACCAGCGAAGGAAUGACGACGACGACGACGACGAUCCCUCACUGCCACCUGCUGCCCCGCAGCAGAAGUUGAUACGCUGCCAUGCCGAGACGCAAACUGUUUUUCGGGAGCGGGAACAGAGCACACAAACGAUAGAUGCGCAGCCUCAAUUUGCUAAUGCUCUUUCCACGGCUGUGAACAUGGAGGAGAUUCCGUCUGUGUGCCAGCACGCGGGAGUGGUUACGAAUCAGUCAGCCAGCAAGCGCUCUGAGAGCAAAGGCCGCGGUGAAUUCAACGGCAAAAAGGUGAGCACGUUUAUCCUGCAGCGCAUGAAUCAGGAUUCUGAGCACCACAUUCAGGAGCAAACGGAAUUAGCCGAGGAGCACGUGAUGCUGGCACAUAAGGAGCAGCAUUCGCAGGAAGAGGACCAACUGGGCGCUGAGGAAGAUCAUUUGCAAAUGCAAGAAGUGCACACCGAAGAAGUAGUGGGAGGGGAUAUCUUUCAUGAUGCUUUGGAAUCAAUUGAAAUGGAAGUGGUCACCGAGGAGCUGGUUGAUUUGGAGGAGCAUGCACAUUCUGUGGAUGCCAACGGCCAUAUGGAUGAGGACGAAAACGAGGACGAAGAAGAUGAGGACAAUAGUGAUAAAGACGAUGAAAGUGAAGAGGAUGAUGAAGAGGACGAUGAUCAGUCGUUGGAUAGCAAUACGGAUGUGCACGCUAGAACUGAGGAAGAGCUCUGGCAGAAUCAGAUUAACUCUAUGGAAUUGGACCCGACGGAGGAGAAGGCCUGUGCGCCUUCGGCUCAUUCAACUCCCAAUCAUCAGCAGAAGUCUUCGACACAAGCAGAGAUAAGGAAGGAGGGAAAUCAGAAUCGGAUAACUGAAAAGUGGCUGCAGCUAGAGCCUGAGCAAACUGUUAAAAAACACUUGGAUCCGGAAGCAGGGGAAGCUGAUCACAUGGAUGUCACCACUGUUAAAAUCGCGGAGGAAAAAAGGCGACAGGAGAAAGUCGAGAUAGCAGGACACGCAUUAAAAACGCUGAUUUUCCUCCAGGAGGUGGCUUUAAAGAAAAAGGAUAAGGAACAUGAAUCAGUUCCCGAGCUUCUAGAAGUACCUACGCCGCAGAAGCAUCAGGAAGAUGCCACCGAUGAUCACAAAGCAAUAAGGAAGCAGCUAGAUGUUCCCAGGUCGGACAUAAAAUCAAAGGACCUGCCUAGAGAUGAACAGAAGCAGGAUGGGCCUCUGGAUGUUCGCGAGGAACAACAAGAGGAUGUAAACAAGAUGCAGAAAGAAACUCUGAAAAAGCAACCGCAGGAUGCACCAAAGCUCCUUCCGAAAGCGAUAGCCCCUAAGGUAGUUUCUGUUCCGAAUACAUCCUCUAGAGAAACCACGUUGCCCAAGGCCAACACCGCUGACAUAAAAGACGCCCCCGCUCAAAAAAUUAUAUCCAACCAUCAGUCCACAAAGACGCAAACGGAACCUCUAAAAACGCAGCGGUUGCAGGUUAAGAUCAGGCAGUAUGAAAUGCACUCUGACAUGAGAACCGGCUCCACCGCCCCGGCUGAUAUUCGAAAACACAAUAACGUUGAUCCGAUUCCGGCGUCCGAGCCGAAAACCAUUAAAAGUGUGUUGGUCAAUGAUAAAAAAACCAUAUCAGAAACGUCUCGGAACCUAGAUGAAGAAAUGGAUGAUGUGGAAACAGUCAAAAGAAAACUGGCGGAACAUUUAAAAAAGGAGCUUCUAAGCCAGAGUCAUCAGUCACAGGUUACGCUCAAGAAAAUUAGAGAGAGAGUGGCCACAAAUCUUAUAUACCCACCACCCAGUGCACCAGUAUCUUCAACCACAAUAACCCCAGCGCCCACGCCGUCAACGACACCAACGCCUGGCUCAACACCACAGCAUGCGGUUACAUCCUCAAUAGACCAGGACAUAUCUACUGCAAAAUCGAAAUCCAAGGCAGCUGAACAGAUAGCAACUCCUCUAACACCCCAAUCUAAUAGCAGCGUUAGCAGCACCACUUCGACUACCCGAAAAACGCUAAACAACUGUUCACCCCACACGUACAGCAAGGCAACGGCGAGAUCGGGUAAACUCCAGUCCAGAUUCCGCACUGCCACGUUUCCGUACAGCACGAGAACGUGGGAGGAUCAGGAGUUCCACUGUGACAACGAGUUCUUCCUGGAGGAGGCCGACGAGCUGCUGGCGGAUAACCCUAGUCUGGAGAUACCCAAGUGGAGGGAUGUCCCAGUGCCCCCUAGUUCGGAUAAAACUAACACAGAACCACUGAGCGAUGCAACAUUCGAGCGCCGUCACCAGAAAUAUGUAAAGGAUGAGGUCGAUCGAAAGUGCCGGGAUGCACGUUAUAUGAAAGAGCAGAUCCGGCUUGAACAGCUAAGGAUGCGGCGGAACCAAGACGAGGUGUUGGUUGCGCUGGAUCCUCUGCGCGCGUCCACUUUCUACCCGCUGCCCGAGGACAUAGAGGCCAUCCAUUUCGUCAACGAGGUGACCGUUCAGGCAUUUGGUGAAAACGUGGUCAACAUGGAGGCGCGGGAUGAUUUCGGCGUCCCCUGGGUGGAUGCAGUCGAAGCGCCAACCUCCAUAGCCAGGUCCAAGGCACUGGCUGAGCCGGUGGCAACGUUGGCUAGCAAAAAGCUACCUACCACUGCUGCCGAGGCGAGGCAUCAGGAAAACCACUCCUCCUACGUGUUUCCAAAGCGACGCAAGCGCCAAAAGAAUCGUUAGCCAGGAAACACCUGGGGGAUCUGCUACUGGAGCUGAGCUGAAGACUGGCGGUUGGGGGGAAGUCGUUGCGUCUACCAUACUAAUGAUUUUCAGUUUUAAAUUUUUAAUUAUUUCUUAAGCGUAAAGUGAAAGCACCAGAGUUAACAGUAGCGAUUCCCAGAAAUCGUCAAGAAGUCAAAUAAUCCAGAGCAGACGAUGUUUAAUGUAUAUAUGGUUCCUCAACUGUCCAUUUUUAUUUUGUGUAAUAAAAUGAACGGAAAGAUAAAUUCUGGGACAUUAGAAAUUCGUUGUUAUAGAAUCUAUAAAUUUUUUUCAAAGUUUUGUCGUUUCUUAUGCGAUGAGAGAUCAUAAAAGGCAAGUAAAUUGAGCUGUCCUAUUUAAACAUUUUUCUAUUCAAAUGUUAUCAUAUUUAUUUCUUGAAAAUAUAAAUAAUUCAGUCUGAUAUAAGAUGUAAAUGAAUCCAAAAGUUCGUCGCCUGGUCUGGAAAUGAUUAGAUUUAGUUAACUUGCUAUCAAAAAGAGUUUCACUCCUGCUUGUUUCCAAUCUACGUAAAUUUCUUAGUCCGUCACAGCAUGUAAUCUAAACCAGUCGUUAGUUAGAUUGGAUAAUUCAUCUCAGCUUUAUCACCUUAAAAAUCGCCCGCACUGGAGUCAAGAAUCGAAGAAGAUAGAUUGGGCAUUUUUUUUGGCGAAAAACAAUGAAAUUCGUAGACUUAUAAUUUUAAAUAUUUUUUUUCUAGCCCGUAUAACAUUUUUUUUGUCUAUAUUUAUACUGUUAUAUCUUAAGAUUCUCUAAUGCAGAUAACUUGUGUGUUGCAAAGAGUUACUCAGGUAUAUCUCUGAUAAUUAUGUCGUUUUUUUUAGGAUUUGAUUGUGUAAAAAUUGUGUGCAAGUUGUGUUGUCUGCUUAGAGUAAUCGAAUUAUAAAUUGGACCUAUUGUUUUAUUUUAUUAACUUUCUUUAACUUGUUUAAUGUUUUACCAAAAAACAAAAACCGUUAAAAAGCAAACAAGAUUUGAAGAAUAAAUAUAAACCUGAUACCCAAGCUGCACACCGGCUUAGCCUUAUGGGCACCAUACAUUUUCGGAUAAAAAUCGUUUCGUUUAACACUUCUUCCGUUUGACUUUCUGUCGCAAUGAUAAGGAGCCUGCCAACGUCCGGUGAAAAUCAAAUCCCCAGCUCGCUUUCGAGUGGCGUCUUAUUUUUGUACAUUUCGGUAGGUGUUAAGUCGGUUAUUUGUAAUAUAGCGUUAAGUAGGCACUGUACCCAAACGCAUAGAGAUAAUUAUAAUGUAACAAAAUGAAUAUGAUACGUUGUACAUUGUCCAGGAGAAGGAGAAGCGGAAGGUGGAACUUCGUUCAACACCCAUUUUACAC